AAAAUAAACUUAUUAAGUUUGAUUAUUUUGUGUCUUCAAUAUUUUGGACAUCAUAAUUUCACAACUCACCUCAAUAACAGUGCUUCACUAAACUUUACGCUAAUUCAGUUCUCAGUUAUCACCUUUCUCAGACUCAGACAAAAACACAGCCAAGAGAGAGAAAGAGAGAGAGAGAGAGAGAGAGAGAGAGAUAGAUGAUGGAGAGAAAGGUUUUGUUGAUAUGCUUUGUGGCUGGAUUCUUGGGUCUAUUAUCAGCUGCUACUGGUUUUGGUGCUGAGGGCACAAGAAUUAAGAGUUCUCAGGUUCAGGUCACUGCUAUUUCUGAAUGUGUAUACCCUCGAAGUCCAGCUAUGGCUCUUGGUUUAACUUCAGCAUUAUCUCUUAUGAUUGCUCAAAUAAUUAUAAAUGUUUCAACUGGGUGUAUUUGUUGCAAAAGAAAUCCUCAUCCUUCUAACUCUAAUUGGACUGUAGCGCUGAUCUGCUUUGUUGUUUCCUGGUUUACAUUUGUCAUAGCGUUUCUUCUGUUGCUUACCGGUGCUGCACUCAAUGAUCAACAUGGUGACGAAAGUGCGUACUUCAACUACUAUUGCUAUGUUGUGAAACCCGGAGUCUUUGCUGGAGGUGCCAUGUUGUCCCUUGCAAGUGUGGCUCUCGGUAUUAUCUAUUAUCUCACCUUAACUUCGGCAAAGAACGGUGACAGUCUAUGGGGCAAUCCUUCUAUUCCUAAUCAAGGAGGCAUAGCUAUGGGACAGCCUCAGAUCCCACCAGGGCUGGCACAGAGCAGUACUCAAGAUCCUGUUUUUGUACAUGAAGACACAUAUAUCAGACGACAAUUUACAUGAUUGGUAAUUUUGUGUUCGUUCCCAGUUGAUAAUAUGCUUCAAUCAGUUUUAAAAAGAGGAUGAUCGUGUUGGCUCACUGGGAAAUGGGGGUAUUUUCAAGUUUCAAUCAUAUUCUGCUGUUUGCUAGCACCAGUAAAUUCUUUGAACUUGUCUUUUCCUAGGAUGUAUAUGUAAUCUGAAACAUUCUAUAUUGUUAUGAGUUGGAUGGGUUAUUGUUAAAGAUGUGAAAUAUCAAAUAUGCCUUCUGGACCAUAAUAGUGAUAAUUUCCCAUAUAUAAAGCGUGCCACAUUGAUGGA